CCCGAAGCGCGGCSGUGCCGCUCUCCCCGCGCGUUGGCUGCGCACUGCCUGCGCUGUCGGCGUAGCGGCCGCAGUUGGCGUAGCGCGGGCAGAGGCGGCCGUGUCGGGGAGCGGCGGCCGCCGUGCGAGGAGCGGGCUGGAGGAGCGGGCAGGGCCGGGCAGGCACCGGGCCGGGACCGCGCCAGGACCGCGCCACAGGCUGACCCAAAGACCUGUAACAAGGAGUUGCACAAGASAUAGAGAYUGGAAGCUCUCUGAAUGCACUGCCYGMAGACUUAAGGCUUCUCUGGGGACUCAAGAUGACUUCYCACAAGAGAUGCUUUCAGAAGGGGUUGUGCUGAAGACAGAACACCACAGCCUCUAACUGGGACAGCUCCUGCUGGUCUGGAGCUGMGACCCAACUUCCUUCCCUCCCUUUUCCCCUGGAGAUGUUGCAGAGAUUUAAUCUGACCUCUUCCUGCUCACCUGAAGCCUGCCGUGGCGAUGAUCCCACAGCCAGAUCCGACCACCAAAGAGAAGAGAAUCGUGCGUUUGAAGCUGGGCCRUCGUUGUAACUGAACUGGAAUUUACUCCCUGCUUGUGCUCCCGGAACCAGUGCCCUUCCUCUGCUUGUCUGUGUGUGCUGUGAGCCGCUUCUCCCUGAUCUUGUUCRGAAUUCCUGAGCUUUCCACACUGAAUUUGCCCAUGGCUUUCCUGAUGAAGAAAAAGAAAUUCAAAUUUCAGACAAGUUUCACUCUAGAAGAGCUGACUGCCGUCCCCUUUGUGAAUGGGGUUCUGUUCUGCAAAAUCAGGCUGCUAGAUGGAGGAGACUUYGCUAGUUUAUCUACCAGAGAGGAAGUUCAGGAAAACUGUGUCCGCUGGAAAAAGAAAUUCACCUUUGUGUGUAAAAUGAGUGCCAACCCUGCCACAGGACUCCUGGACCCCUGCAUCUGCCGAGUGUCUGUCCGUAAGGAGCUGAAGGGCGGAAAAACCUACUCAAAGCUGGGCUUUGCUGAUCUAAACCUGGCAGAGUUUGCGGGCUCUGGAUCCACUGUCCGUUGCUGCUUGCUGGAAGGAUAUGAUACUAAGAAUACUCGACAGGACAACUCCAUCCUAAAGGUCACGAUCGGAAUGUCUCUGCUCUCCGGGGACCCCUGCUUCAAAACGCCUCCUUCCACCGCCAAAUCCAUCACCAUCCCGGGGCAGGAUUCCACCCUGCAGCUGACCUGCAAGGGUGAGGGAACCACCAGCAGCAGCAGYUCCUCCACCAUCGGCUCCCUGCGCCAGACCAAGCCAAGAACCACCAUUCUCAGCUCAGGUGUCCCAGAAGAGCCGGAUCAGAACCUGUCCAGCCCAGAGGAAGUUUUCCACUCGGGGCACUCGCGGAACUCGAGCUACGCCAGCCAGCAGUCCAAGAUCUCUGGUUACAGCACGGAGCACUCACGCUCCUCCAGCAUGUCUGACCUGACCCACCGCAGGAACACMUCCACCAGCAGCAGUGCCUCAGGGGGGCUCAGCAUGACCGUGGAGUGUCCUGAGGGGGAGCGGGAGCACAAACUGGAGAAGCCWCCUCGCCCCCCCAGACCACCCCUGCUGCUGGACAGACCCUCCCGGAGGAAAAAGGAUUCAGUGGAGAGUCACCCAACACGAGUGGAUGACACCAGGAUCGAUGCUGAUGAUAUAGUGGAGAAAAUAAUGCAGAGUCAGGACUUCACAGAUGUCAGCAAUACUGAAGACAGUAACCUGAGGUUGUUUGUGAGCAGAGAUGGGACAACUACGCUGAGUGGUAUUCAGCUGGGAAACAGGGUCUCAUCUGGAGUUUACGAGCCAGUGGUGAUUGAAACCCACUAAAUGUGAAGAACAGGGUAGAGCUGCUGGACACAGGCCCCCUACCCAGUCYGCUGCCACAUGGAUGCCAACCUUUACCUCUCUUCAUCCAGCAUUCCAGAAGGGAUUUCUCCAUGCCCCUCCAUAUGUUUGCACUGCAGAACUACUCCGAGACCACUCCAGAACAUGCACUUUCCCUGCAUUGGCAUUGUCCUUCUCUGCUUCCUGGUCCUUCCAGUGCCUGCCUUCCCCCCGUUCCUGCUCAGACACAAGGUGUCUGUGGGGCUUCUCCUUGGGCUAGUCCCAGAGGAUGUUGCUCAUCUGCAUCCCUCAUUCCACCCAUUCACUUGCAGCAGGGGACUUCUCAGCUUCUGUCUCCUCAAAACAUUGGGUUAUACCACUGUGAACUCUUCAAACCACUGGGGGUGGGGAAACCAUUCUAACCAAACCCAGAGCUGCUUGUUGGGGACACGGUGACAUGGCCACUUGCAGGAUGCUUUAUUCCAUUGACUCUGCAAGGGAACAUCACCUCCCAAGGCARUGGUUUUACUGAACAAGGUAUGCUGUGGUGUACACUUCACCUUCCUAYCCUCACGUCCCCAAACAUCAUCUUCUCAUAGGAAAUUCCACUUCCCAAAAGUGCAUUUCAGAAAACUACCGCAAUCCAGCUGGGAGUUGGUGAACGGUUAAAUGCGAGUGCUCGUCACACCACUGACUGCUGCAGCCCUUCYACUGCUGGGCAUGGAAGGGGGUGUUCAUCAACCAACAUUAGCAGGAGCACUUUAGAGGUUACAGAUUUUACCUGGAGGAGGCUUCUACUCACURUUCCAGGAGUAUAAUCUGUGUUUGCUGGACUGAUUCAGCAAAUAGUCCUGUUGGAGUUUGGAAUACAAAGCCUCUUUUUUUUUUUUGCUUCUUGUUUCUUUAGCUUAGGAAGGGAACUGCCCUUCUUGGACUGUGGAAAGAAUCKCAUCUGACAGCCCUUCCCUGGGCCAGACUGGAUGCAGUUGACUGCAGUGGUCUCUCUGUUGUGGUGGUGAUGUCGAUUGCCUCUCUUGGCCUGGGCCAGUAAGGGAUUUGGUGUUGGUUGGCCUUUCUUACCUUGUCAGCAGAGAUCUGUGCCUCAGCUGGUUCCUUCUGGGGCUGGGGAGAAGCUACUGUCUCUGCCUUCAAGGCUAGAAUGGSUGUUUGCUGCUGCAACAGCCACAGCAGCUGUUCUGACCUGCUCCGUGGCAAGUGAACUCUUCUGACAAGGCUUCAAACUGUUCUCUGGUUGAUCUUUCAAUUGCUCUUCUUUGGGUUUGGUUUCUGCAGUUGCUCGACACUUUUCCUUGCAGUGUGUGGCAGAGAUGUCGAUCCCUUUCAGCCCCCACUUGGCGAUUCUCCUGGCAGCAGAAUUGCCAGCGGGGAUCUGGUCAGCCCCUGGCCAUGGGCCGGCAGCAGGCUGUGCUUGCAGCCCUUCCUGUACAGAGCCCCUCAGCUGAUAAGCUAUUUCUGUGUAGUGCCCAUUCCUCUUUUGCCAGUGCACUGUGGUAGCACUCAGCAGCCGUGUCCUCAGAGUGACUCCACACUCCAGGACCUGGCUGGGAAUGUGCUCCCCUCUGACACUUGUGUGUGUGCACAAGGCACAGGCACACACGUGUCCUGUUCAGCAAGGAAAAACUUGUAACUGAUCACGUUGUUGUUCAAAUUCUUAGUUAUUGUAAAAUCUUUUUUUAAAGGAGAAAAAAAAAAAUUAACUGGUCUCUUUGGCCACAAUGCAUGCAGAUGAGCUACUGGAAAAGGGAAUCUGGCAGAAUGAGAAACAAGGAAUGAAAGGGCCUUGAUUUAUCUUUUUUUUUUUUUUUUUUACCCUUCUAGCUAAGGAUACUGCAUGGGGAGGGUGCUCAGCAGUGUGGCAAAACUAUACAGCUGGUUACUCUGUUUUGAUGGUUUCUCUUUUCAAGAGGUUUCUUUCUGUGUUUUUUGACAGACCACAUAUAGGAUAUAYGUCUUUUUCACCCUUUCCCUUCAAAGGGAGUUAAAUUUUAAUUAGGGUAAAAAGGGGAUAUAGUCAACACCUUGGUUUGGUUUAACAUAGGGGAAAAGUGUUGGAUCUUUUGAGACUGUCUAGAACAAAAGCUCUUUCACACUUGCUAGGUUUUUUUUAAUGGUGAUCUCUUCUUCAUUCAGCCAGGGUAGGUUUGGCACUCACUUGCAGGCUGCUGAGCAUCCUGCCCUGUUCCUGGGGUGCCAUGUGUCUGCAGGAAGGAGAGAACUGCUUGUCUUUCUCUCUCCCUGGGGCCCUGCCAGAAAGCCAGGCCUGGUCUGACUGUCUGCUCAGGUCAGGGUGAGGGCAGAAGGAGGCUCAGACAGCAGUGGCUGUUCUGCCCUUUCURUAGAUGGCCAUGCAGAACCAAGGCUCAGACUGCUCCCCAGAGACCAGCAAAGCCCCUUGGGAAAUCAGAUCCAACCAGGACUUGAAAGGAGCAAACAUAAGCCAGGAAAGAGGCCAAAACCCAGCUCGCUUCUGCUGCUUUGAGUCUGUUCCCAUGAAAAACAAUAGCAGGCAGUGUCAGAGUGGUUGGGAUCCCAGGGCAUUCUUCUGGCCUCCAUUGGCAAGAGUCGGCUGCUCCGAGGCACUGGCAGCUCGGCAUGUCACGAAAUCCCCAGUGGGACAGAGGGAGGAGGAUCUUCCCAGCAAAGCAAGAGGAGAAGCAGUUGAGCUUUUGAGAAAGCUGGUCUCUUCUUCCCAGGCUGGCAGAGGCGUUACCUGCUCCAUCACAUCGCUGUGGCCAACCUGGGCAUGUCUUUGGCUUCUCUUCUCCUUUUCCAGUGGCUUGGCACAUCGCUGCUCGCAUUUUUGAUAACUGUGUCUCACAGGGUAUCUGUUCCUUGUCUCUAUGUUAUUGACUCCACAGAUCCUGGUCUUUGUGUGGCUUUGUAGCUCUCCUACCCCUGGUUUUGAGUGAGUAACUAGUCCCAGUCAUCCAGCCUGGUGCAGCUCAGCUGGGGCUGGAGCAGCCAGAGCAGACCUGGGGGGAGGAAGGAGCAGUCUGUUCCUAUUUGUAGAUCCCACACAGAGCUCCUGCUGUGCGUCCAGCACAAGCAAUGCCCAGCAGUCCCUGGGCAGCUGUGGGCACCUGAGAUGGUGGCUGUGGGGUCACUGGUCCCACACACUCAUGGCUGCCUCGGGAAUCUGCGUCUUGYGAGCACUUUUUUCCUUGUGGCAUCGCUGCCGCCUGUUCCUUGUUGGACUUUGAACAUUUAAGAAGUGAAUCAGUUUCCAGACCCAAACCGCUGGCUAGUUUUCUUUGGGUUUUUCUUUUUUGUUGUGAAGUUUAUGGAUUUUUUUUAUGUAAACCCAGCAGGCUGGUGUUUUUUGACUGCAUUAUUGUUUCAUUGAUAUUUUAUUUCAGGGGGGCUGAGGGGGGGAAUGUUCUUCCCCACAUUGUUCCCCUUCUCAGGGGAUUCAGAGGUGGCUUAAACAAGUAAAAGGACUUUAUUGGCAAGACUCUGCAUCCCCUGGGUCUCUGAUGCUGAUGAGCAGGGCUGCUCACGCCUGGCUGGCCCUGGAGAACAGAGCUGGCUCUCUGCUCCAGUCUGGGGAUCAGGCAAAACGUGUGGGCUCUGCUCUCCCAGUUUCUGGACCUUUAGUUGGUGGAAGCUCAUUGCAAAACGUUAGGAAAUUCAGUGUAACUUUUUUACUAACUUUUUCUUUUUUUAAAACCAAUAUAAAACGGAGUGUCCAAAAGAAUAGGCUUAGUCGUUAGGCUUCGUGAAGGAGAUGGGUUUCAAUUGGAAAUUGUGAUGGAAAAAGGGGGAGAAGGAUGUUGCUCCCUCAUCAUCAUCAUCAUCAUCUUUUCUAUGGUCAGCACUUUAAAUGGGGGCCUCGUGCUGUCCUGACCCUUGGAGUGAUGGGCAGCAGGCGUGUGAUUUCUCCCCCCUCAUUGCCACAUCACUUUGCCCCCUGCAGGAAGUUCACAAGCCGUUUUAAACGUUUGCUUCAGUUUUUAGAGGGUUCCAAACCAGGCRGAGGCCUGAAGAAAUACGUAUUUCAUUCUCAUCUGAAUAGGAGGGGUUGACUUUUUAUUUAUUUUGUCAUUGCUGUUUCUUUUUAAGCUGGUGGCAGUGCAGCUGGUCUCUGCACUGCCGCCAGGAACCUCUGGGAAAACCUCACUCCAGGUACGCUAGAGCACCUCGGUUAAACCCCUCCUGGUGAGGGGCUCCCCCUGCUCUCCUCGCUGCCUUACCCGGGGGCUGCAGACCUUCUCCACCCCUCCUGCCCCAUCCCUGCUGCCCCACCCGGUCUCUAGCUGAGUUCUUGCUCUGGUGACUGAGCCCUGUGGACAAGGCCGGUCCCCAGGGACAAGUUCCUUACAAACUCUGCCUGGUCGCAGGUGUUUGUCCUUGUGAAAAGCCACUUCCUCGCUGAGGGGGGGAUUGAAGAAUGCACAAUUCCCCCCGCUUCCCUUCUGAGAGCUGUGUCCGUCAGCCCCCUCCCCGCGCCAUCCGAUCCCGCAGCGCCUCUGCGGCYGUGGAAACGUAGGAAACAAAAAGGAAUUGGGACGAAGCUCUGAGCGAGGGGUGCGGCUGAGCCUGGUGACUUGCCUCAAACACAUGGAAUAAUGGUAGAGCCCAUAUUUUUGUGGGGGGAGGGAGGGGAAGGGGAGAUCGUGUUUUAUUUUCUUGAAAGUGAAUUGAGCUUGGUGACCUUCGGCUGAGGCGCACUCGAUUUGUAUCAGAUUCUAUAGAGAGAUGGCUGAUAUUUUUGGAAAGGGAAUGGGUCUAUGCAAACUUCCAAAAUUGCUUGAAAGAUAGUUUAACAUUUUUUUACUUUGAAAAUCUAAAGAUAAAUCUAACUUUUGUCUUAAAGCAGAAGUGCGUUUAGAAAGAGAAGCUACUUCCACUGCUCUAUUUUGAUGAUGAUUCUUGGAAAGUUUGGGCUGGAGGGAAUGACUAUUUUUCACCAUUUUUAUCUUGCUCCUCUAGUUUUUUUGUUUCUUUUUCUAACGGAAUGCUGUGCCGUCUUUGAUUCAACAGAUCGUGUUUGUAUUUUCUGUAUCUGGUUCCUAACGUAGAGAAAUAACAAAUAUAUGAGGAAAUCAAUAUAAUGUCAAAUGUUGUUAUGGUUUGGGGGAAAAAAAUAAAGGUUUUUUGGUACUUCA